AGGCCGUACUGCGCAGGCGCGCGGGACGGGUCGCUGGACGUGCGCAUGCGUCGCGCAGGGAACGUGCCGACGCGCUCCGCGGGCGCCUGGGCGUGCGCGCGGGAAGAUGGCUGAGCCGGUGCCCAAGUCGGUGCUGUUCGUGUGUCUGGGUAACAUCUGUCGGUCGCCCAUUGCGGAAGCAGUGUUCAGAAAACUUGUCACUGACCAAAAGCUUUCAGAUCAUUGGAGGAUAGACAGUGCAGCGACGUCCACGUACGAAAUAGGAAACCCUCCCGAUUACCGAGGGCAGAGUUGCAUGAAGAAGCAUGGCAUCUCCAUGAGUCACACUGCCCGGCAGGUUACCAAGGAAGACUUUGCCACAUUCGAUUAUAUACUGUGUAUGGAUGAAAGCAAUCUGAGAGACUUGAAUAGAAAAAGUAAUCAAAUUAAAAACUGCAAAGCUAAAAUUGAGCUACUUGGGAGCUAUGAUCCACAAAACCAACUCAUUAUCGAAGACCCCUAUUAUGGGAAUGAGUCCGACUUCGAGACUGUCUACCAGCAGUGUGUGAGGUGCUGCAAGGCCUUCCUGGAGAAGGCCCGCUAAGGCCCCGCCCGCGCUUCCCUCCUGCCCCGCUGGGCCCCGCAGGCGCUCCUGGAAGGCCGCAUGCCUCCUCCACUCGACCCUCAGUUGCUUACCUUAAGUCAUUGUAGAUGGAAAUCAGUUACUGUGUUUGACAGACAAAUAAAUAAAAAUGUUUCAUGCAGACGGUGUAUGGGGUACGUGAAGUGUUCUCAGACCCGUUGAGCCUCCCACUUUGUCCCAGUUUCAGAAACGGUGGAGCAAACAGAAUAGCACAGGCACCAGGGCAUGAGGACACCCCACGUCCCUCUGGCGCACGAGCCCCACCUCUUCCCUGAGGUUGUGCGCGACCGAUGGGGGCUGUGGCCUCCGCUGUCUGCACCGGCCCGCCCCGCAGCCAAGACUCGCCGGUGCGCACCGUGCGCUGGUUACAUGCGGUGGUGCGCAGCUUUCCUGCCCGCGGUCCGGCUCAUCAGGACGCCAGCUUGAGUGCAUUCGGACGUUUUGCCCCUCGAAGUGUACAGCCAGAAAGAAGGAAGCUGUAUGCUGGUCGGUCUUCCUGUCAGUUUGAGGAACGUGUCUGCUUUUCAAGCCUGUGGAACUCAAAUGCCAAAUAGAGAUUAGCUUAGUGGGAAAAAACAGUUAAAAGGUUGGGAAAAGUUUAUGUUGGGAUGCUUAAAUAUCGAGACAGGAAGUGUUCUCUCAUCAGUGCGUCCAGACAAAUAGGUGAUCUCUGUGCACUUUGAGAUAACUGAUCUAAAACUCAUAUGGCCAUAUGGCAGAAAAGACUGUGGCAGAAAAAAUAAACUGGGGAUAUUAUAAAAAUACAA